GCCGCAACCAAGACGAUAGUCCUCAGGAAUCCACCAGAUCCUUGGUUUUAUUGGGUGUCCCUCCCGUGGAAUCCACGAGGCAAGGUGUCAAAAAGCCAACUGAGCAGGAGCAGCAGCAGCGUCCCCUGGCAGAAGCACGACUGGCCCGGGAGGGGCUCCCUCUUGCCUUCGCCUCGCAGCAAGGAUGGAUAAACUUUCUCCCUCCCCACUACAAGGAAGCAGGAGGGGGGUCACGUGGCGCCAGGGAAGGGGAGGGGGCUGUUAGGUAGGGUCCUCUCCCCCCCUCCUUUCCUUGGCUCUCUUUUUCUUGGUUCGGCGUCCUCUGCUGUAGUUUCAGUCCACUCCGGCGAGGCUGGCGGGAGCUGGAUCAGAGAGCGAGGCAGCCGGACCGGGGCGGCGAUGCGGGCUCGGGCGUCGCCUGCUGCUGCUGCCCUCGGAGCUCCUCUCCGCAGCGGCCGCAGCGCCAGUCUGACGAGGCAGAGCUCCGCGUCGCCCGGCUGCUGCUGCUGCCCCCGCCGCCCUCUCUGAGCAGCCUCCGCGCCCGCUACUUCCGACGGCUCCAAGAGGAUGUGGCGCUUCGCCGUGGCGACAACUUUCUGGGGAUUGUUGGUGGCGCCAGGAUUUGCUCUGCAAAUACAGUGUUACCAGUGCGAGGAAUUUCAGCUAAAUAAUGAUUGCUCAGCUCCAGAAUUCAUAGUAAAUUGCACUGUGAAUGUCCAAGACGUGUGUCAGAAGGAAGUAAUGGAACAAAGUUCAGGGAUCCUGUAUCGCAAGUCUUGUGCAUCCUCCGGAGCUUGCCUCCUGACUUCUGCUGGAUACCAGACUUUCUGUACUCCAGGGAAAAUAAACUCAGUUUGUAUAAGUUGCUGCAAUACUCCACUCUGCAAUGGGCCAAGGCCAAAGAAGAGGGGGAACUCUGGCACGAUGCCCAGGGCUGGUAUAUUGACGACGAUACUGCUCUCUAGCUUGGCCUUUUUAUCUCCAGGAUACUGCUAAACUCUGAGGUGGACUUCUUUGCUGGUUUUCCUUGUCCUGUAUGAUUUUUUCUAGACACACAAGUCAAUUUCCACUGCAGCAUUACUUUUUGCAUCCAACUGCUAGAAGAAGAGUUUAGUUUAAAUGUUAUCCUUGCUUCGUUAACAGCAAACUAGCUCUCAUUACCUGAUUGACUUUCACAUGUGUAUGUUGAAAACAAAAACAAAUCAACUACCAACCCUACAGAACCCAUAUCCAUUUGUGUCAUUGGAAACUAGCCUACUGAAACAAGCACUUAAAUGUGGAAGGCGAUGAUUCAGCCUGCAGGCUGUAAACCUGCUGUUGUUUUUACUUCUCAUGUGCCCAGCAUAUUGUGCAUCAGCAGACUUGGCUUUAUGUGGAUUCACAGUUCAAGUUCACAGAGGCCAUUCUGGCUGGCAGGAUUAAGGUCUCUGCUGUUCUCCAGUGAUGUUGUUUUCACAUUUAGCUCCAACGGUUCAAGCUUCCGUUUUUGCACACUGCAGUCAGGCUUGGUCUCGCUCAGAAAAGUACUCAAGAAAACCUUGUUAGCACUCUUGGUGGAAGACUUGCGCCUGGAUGACAUGAAGAUCAGCGGGCGGUGGGAGCGGCUACUGCCAGCUACAGAAUUCAAAUUGGCUCUUAAAAGCUUCUGUUUGUUGGCAUGCUCUAAUGUCAGACGACAACGGAGGACCUGCAGAAAGACAUUCCGGAACUGCUGGGAGGAGAUAUUGUACAGAAGCGGGUUCACUACUGAGCUGAGGUAGAAGAAGACGUCGGCUAUAGGGAGGAGGGUGAUAUAUGCUCUGAAGUAGGAGACAGUCCAGUCCUGCUUAGGUCUAGCAGCAGCCAUGAUUCUUCGAACUUGAUUUGGCAGCCAGCAUAUUGCUAGAGUUGCAACAAUCAACCCUGCAAACAAAGAGAGAGGGCGAGAGAAAGCAUGUGAAAACAAACCAUAAAAUAUUUAGUAUCAGUUCUGCGCUUACUGGUAGGAAAUGCUACUUAAUUUUUCAGUGUUUUGCUUGACAGCUUCUUCAGCCAGUAGCAAAAUUUGUUCUAAGAGGGAAAAAAAUAAAAGCAAGCCACAGUCUCAAGGUCACUACAAUCUGUGCUUUGAUAAGCAUUGCAUAACAUGUAAGGUAGUAUUUUUAAAAUGUGUUGGGACUAGUUAAAUUUGAAGAUAUCCUUUUAGUCAUAGUUGCAUUCUUCAAAGCAAUGAUACGUUAUUCUUAUUUUGCCCCUUUUCAUUGUUAAAAAGACAGCCAUAUUAAAGCGGGCAAUACCCAAAAGAAGAUCAAAUUAUGUUUAUAUUUUACAAAACAAAUAUGCAUAUACAACUGUAUAUUUGGCAUUAUUUUUGGUAAAUUUUCUCUUACAGAAGAUAUUUUUAGGUACCGUAUGAAUGACUCUUUCUAUGAUAAAGAGUAUAUAAUGGGCUUUCAGGAAAGAUAUUCUGGUUGAAUUAAAAUACAAAGUAAAAAGGCACAGAAACAGGAUCUAAGCCUGCCAUGGAAACGUGAAUGGUUUCAGUUAACAUGACAUUUGUUCAAAUAUUUGAUACCCAAGCAUUUUGUGUAUACUUCUAAAUGUGACCUUCUAUACCUCAUUGGGGUUAAAGUUAUCAGAAGAGUCCUCCUUGAUCCAAUAUACAGCCAUGCAAAGACAUGCACAUAACUGCGGCUUCAUUACUGCUGGAUCUGGUAGGGCAAAAAGAGUCUCAUGUUCUUGCAGAACUCUGUCUGCCACUGUUGACAACAGUAAUGAUCAUAGCAUUUUGUAGCACACUGUCUUGUAUUCUUUGCAACAACCUUGCAACGUAGAUCAAUAUUAACCAUACUGCAGAUGGGGGAGAAGACAGAAAGACAAAUGAUUUGCCAAAGGUCACCUAAUCUGUUCAUGAAAGCGGUGAGGUUCAAACCAGGGACUUCAUGGUUUGUAACACAGGAUCACUACAAUGGGAUGUAUACAUAAUGCUUUGGACCAAAGCUAAGGGCUACUGCAAUGUUUCUCUGAUCAGGUUUAGCAGGAAUCUGUGCCCUCAAGCUGUAAACAAAGAAUAUAUUUGGAGGUUGCAAGCUCAUUUUUUAAGGCAGUGUUUAAUAGUAUGGGGAAAGGGUUAAAAUUAUCCAUUUAAUAAUUAAAUGUGUAACACAAUUCCAAAAGUUUUCAACUAAUUCACCCUACAGUAGCGUUCCUUGUUGUGCAGCAAAUGUGCCUUAUGUCUCAAACUCACACUUUCUGCUAGAGGUAUUACCCAACCAUUAAAACAGUUUUCUUGGUUUGUACAUUUUACAUCAUGCUGUUUAGUAACAUUCUUACUGGCUUUAAAGCUCCUUCUAUCUCCAGCCUGCUUCCUUUCAAAAGAGCAAACAUUAUGCUUAUUUCUACUCAUGCUAAAAUUAAAUCUCGAAUUGUUUCUGAAUACAAAUACAUACAAACACUAAAAUAUAAAAUGAGCAAAGCAAAAUUAAAAUAAGAAAUUCAGAAGUGCAAAAUGAAAGAAAAUAUCUGUCUUAGGAAGAAUAUUAGGGAGUUUGAUUCGUUGGGAAAAGAUGGGGCGGGAAGACAGGAAACUAUGCAGUAGCUCCUUGGAAGAGCCGGGCCUGCGCAUCAACUGUGUGUGAUAGUAGUUUUGUGAACUUUUGAUUUGAAUGUUUAAUUUUGGUUAAUAAAAGAUAUUAAUUUUCAUAACAAUAA